AUGACGUUGCAACAUCCUAAGGCACACCGUGUGUUCUCCCGGGCUGCUAUAGCACCACUGUUCACAGUCAGAAUCUAGUUGCUGCUCCUGCAGGUGGUCGGCUUUCUUCUUGGCCUUGUAGGCCAAGAAGCUCGAGCCUUUGGCAGCCCCAAGUUUCACUCAAGCACCCCAAGGCCUGUGAUUGAUCCAUUACUCCUGCUUUUGGGGAUGCAGCUGGCCAAGCUGAUCCAACAAAGGAAGGUGAAAUGCAUAGAUGUUGUUCAGAUUUUUAUCAACAGAAUCAAGGAUGUGAACCCAAUGAUCAAUGGAAUUAUCAAGUACAGGUGAACAUUUUUACUCUCUCAUGGUCAUGCUGUAGAUAAAAAGCUUGAAGAGAAGCAGGAAGAUGAAGCCAUCCUGGAAAAGAAAUGGCCUUUCCUUGGGGUUCCUUUGACAGUCAAGGAAAGUUUGCAGCUAAAAGGGAUCAUGUCUUAUUUUGGACAGCUGACCUACGUGUUUAAACUUUCAUGUGUGGUCUCCAACCAGGGUCAGUUUCCCAUGGCCAGGAGAGCCCAGGAGAUGUUUAUGUUCACUGGCCCAAUGUGCCGCUAUGCUGAGGUUAUGGCAUGACCUGGGAUCAAAAAGUUAAAACUCAACGGAAAGGUACAUUUAAGGGAUUUGAAAUUUUACUGGAUAGAACAUAAUGGAGGCUCAUAUUUAAUGUCAAAAGUGGACCAAUAUCUCAUUCUGGCUCAGAAGAAGGUAAUUAUAAAAAGAAUAUCUUUAAUGCAAUUCAUUUUUAGUCAAAGAGAUACCAUUCUAACCCCAUUCCUUCAUUGCUUGCCAGAUAUUUAUGUGUGA